GUUCCCAGUUUGAGCUUCCCUUGUAUAGGUUUAUUCUAUCCAAUUAAGAGAAGUGAGAGAGGGCUGCAACAGGAGGAGAACACGCGAGUGCACAGUCAGUUGUCAACCGAACCUUUUGGUAUCUGCAUGUGUGAAGCAUUAAGCUGAUCCCCAAAAUAUGAUCGGAAUACUGAUUCCGUCGCUCGAGAAGGAGGUCGACGAGUCGGGAAAGUUAAGAAAGCUUUUCAGAGUUGAGAUCUUGUUCAAUGGGAGGAAACACUUUGUGCUGAGAAGACACAGUGAAUUUCAGAACCUGCACAGAAAGCUGAGGAAGAUCGUACCAACCCCAGACUUCCCCAGUAAGAGACACCCUCAUCUAAGAACUAAACCUUUGGAACAGAGAAGGCAGGAACUGGAAGACUACAUUCAGGAGAUCUUCUACCAAAAUGAUGAAGUUCCCCAGAUUCUACUUGAUUUUCUGGAUAUCAAACACUUCCAUUCAGGGAGCAAGCUGAGCCUGAGCCUGGAGUCACUGGACAAUAUGGGUCCUCAGAGCUACAGCUGUCAGCUGCAGCAUCAGGUGCUGGGAUACUGCAAGGAUCCCUAUCUUAAAGUCUCAAGCUCAGGUAUGGCAGCCUCUAAACGCAUACCCAAUUCAAUCCAAAAGAUGCAUUUUAUUUUUCCAAAUCUUUGUUCCCCUUUAACAGACCUUCCUGAUAUUGUUGCGGAUGGAGUCCUCCAGGGCUUGUACCACAGAAACACCCGGGUCACCUUCACAGCCAGCCCCAGCCCAGCCCAGCCCUGACUGUGGUACCUGUAUUUGACUAGAAGCUCCAGAUCUUUCAGCACAGGACAGCAUCAUUUUGCAUACUAAUGUUCAGAAGUGAAUUUAAAAAAAUGUUGGUGCCUUCUACUUGCCAAAUUAGUAAAUGGCAUGUUAUGGUUAUUCUAUAAUGAAAUUCUCAUUGGGAUGAAUGGUUAAAUGGGUUGUCUUUGAGUCAUAGACCUUGUAUGGAACGACACUUUACCCCCACCCCCCCCCAGUGAACUGCUUAGAAUUGAAAAAAGAAACUGUCCACACCUCACUAACAAAAAUCUGAAUCUUUUAAUAAAGAUCCCUUAUAAAAUAACCACA